AAAAAUGAGAUUGAAGCUGGAGAAAGUAGAAUGAAUGCUCAAAAAAUACCCGUAAGGGACAAAUAUUGUCAGACUGACCAUGACGUGGGCCCUUUUGAGCAAGUUUCGGAGCCUAGAGAUCCACCUCUACUACAGCAGCAGGUGCAGACUUCAAAAUCUGGAAUCCAGCAAAUUAUUGAGUGUUUUCGAUCUGGAACAAAACAGCUUAAACACAUGCUACUAAGAGAAGUCGACACCAUCUUUGAAUGCAAAACAUGCUGCAGUCUCUUCAGAGGACUACCCAAUCUGAUCACGCACAAACAGUUUUACUGCUUAUCAAAAGUUUGUGUGGAUGAAAAUCCACCUAAUGAAAAUGAUAGACAAAGUCGAGCCAUAAAAGAUCUGCUGGAGGCAAUUUAUCCAAAAGUCAACGAACCAGAAUAUGUAAUAAAACUAGAACCCAUUCAGACCAAUAAAAAUGCUGUUUUUCAAUAUGUAACACCUGCUGACGCUGCAAAUGAGAGUGUUCGUAAAGGACCUGUACCAGAUUCAGAUGAAAUUCAAGUAGAUUCACCAACCUCUAAUAAAACUCUAGCAACUGAAAUAGCAGAAUCUACUCCUACAGUGCGUUUAAAAAGGGAUCUAACUACCUUUGAUUUAAAGAAACCAGUGAUGACAGACUGUGUUGUAUCUUUGGUUAAAGAAGUAAGUAUUACUCACCCAUUUUCAUGUUGUGUUUGCAAGAAAGAUUUUAACUGUAUCAGGGUGCACAAAAAGAAGCUGGAGGACAUAAAGAAAUUUAUUGAACUGCAAAGAAGGCCAAUUCUGACUACUGCAAGAGGGCUCAGUAUAGUCGAUUAUACACCAAGUGGUACAAAGUGUCAAGUUUGCUUUAAAUCAUUUGCCACAAAAGCAAAUGUAAGAAGGCAUGUUGAUGAAGUCCACAAAGGAAUGAGACGGGAUUCACCCUCUGAGGCCCCUACAAAACCUGGGAUAGCUUUGGAAACUGGGUCCCCUAAAAAAUCUCUGAAAACUCAGAAGUCCCCUGUAAACUCUGACUUUACCCUAAGUUCAUGUAAAUGUCCCUAUUGCAAACGACGCUAUACCUCACGCUUCCUUCUAAAAAAGCAUGUACAGAUUGUACACAAGACCAUUCUUCCUGCUGUACAUUCCAAACUGGACAAAGGACACACGGGUAACACAGACAGCAAAGUAAAAGUGGAAAGCUCUGUAGACUCUACUGCCACUUCUGGUUCCCACUCACCUCAGAAUGAAUUAAAGGGAGCAAAUAAUGCAAAUGAGAAAAAGAGUACACUAACCACACAGAAGAAUAAAGUUAAAACUGAUGCAGAUUCUCCCAAGGCAAGUCUUCCAGUGGUAGGUAGACUCUGUAAACGCCAGUUUACUUCUAAGGAAAAUCUAUCAAAACACAUUGAGUUACAUACGGAUGGAAAUGGUCUCUAUGUGAAGUUUUACCGAUGCCCCCUCUGCAAUUACGAGACUCGCCGUAAACGUGAUGAAAUAAGGCACAUAACAGUGGUACAUAAAAAGACAGCAAAAGCUCUAGUAAAACUUACUGCAAAUUUGGAAAGCAGAGCGAUCAAAAAACCUAUUGAUUGUAUUCUCAGUAAAGAUUUAAAACGAGGGCCCCAAAAAGAUGCAACAAAAACAUCUCCCAUAAAAAAGCAAGAUGGAGUUGAAGCUAGCAUUGAAGUUAAAGUCACCAAAAACUUUUCUUUGCUUAAAUGUAAUAAGUGCGGAAAAGCUUUUGCAAAAAAGGCUGAUUUGGAACAUCAUAAAAAAACCCAUAAAACAAAUUCCAACAAUUCUUCAGUGGAAACAAAAGGAAGAAGUACCAGAUCUAAAAUGCAUGCUUCUUGAAUGUACCCAAGUAAAUCGAUUUUUUUUUUUUUUUUUUAAGGCAAGAUAUAAUUCAUUUGAAACUUUUUCAGCAAACUUAAAAACA